AUGCGCCGUUGCGCGGUAAGGAGGCAAAGGGCAAUCUUUGCGCCCCGAACGCUGGAGCUAGCAGCGUGGCCGUGCCUCUUCAUCGCCCUGUGGUGCUGGAAAUGCACCAUGCUCGUCGUGUUCCAGAACACCAUCAUCUACAACCCGUUUCUGCCGCCCGAUGCUCGCCGCUUGGAAAUAGCAGAAGCCGCCAUGCCCCUCUGUGACACCAGUGCAAUGCAUCAUCUCUACCGCCUCGACUACCCGAGAUAUCGUCAAUCCUCCGCCAAGUUCGAGACGGCGAUAGCAGCGCAAGCUACACCGUGGUUGCUGUGA